AUGUCACCCAUCCCCUCCCUCCCCCAAGAAGCCAUCACCACCCUCCUCAACUUCGCCCUCCAAGACCGCAUCACCGGCUCCCUCAUCGGCUCAGCCCUAGGCGAUACAAUAGGCCUCUACACCGAGUUCCUCUCCUCGACCCAAGCAGCAACAUCUUACCCCUCCCGCACCUUCACCCUCCACCCCGGCCCCACCCCCUUCCACCUCGACCGCCACCGCGCCCCUUUCACCCCAGGCCACUGGACAGACGACACCGACCACUCCCUCCUCCUCCUCUUCUCUUUUUUACAUCAGUCCACACCAUCAAGCCACGUCUUCCCUACGCAGAGUGAUUUCGCCUCCCGCUUGAGAAUAUGGGCUUCUCAGGGGUUCAAGCCGUUGGGGACGAUGCCGCUCGGAUUGGGGAGGUUGCUUGGGACUGUGUUGGCGAGUAAGGGGUUUGCGGAAGAGCCGGAAGGAAUCGCGAGGGGGUACUGGAGGGGGACCAACAGAUUUGCUGCGCCGAAUGGGAGUUUGAUGAGGACGCAUGUGUUGGGGUUGGUGACGGUUUGGGAGGAGGAAACCAAGUGUUUUGAGUUGGGGGCGGAGAUUUCGAGGUCCACGCAUGUUGAUCCUAGGUGUGUGGUUGCUUGCGUUGUGGGGAGUGGGUUGGUCAGGGAGUUGAUAAGGGGCGAGGUGACGAGGGGAGAGGAUAUUGACGGGGUGAUUGAGAGGGGGAGGAGGUGGUAUGAGAGUGUAGUAGGGGAUUGCAUCACUUCCUUCACGAGGGACAUGUUAGACCCACCCGUUGAAUGUGCCAGAGGUUGCUCCUGCUGUCGCUCCAUUGCUUAA